AUGCUGGCCGUGAUGACAGACACUGCGCCAUUGGCGCGGUUCAUGUCCGGGCAUGACAACUUUGCCGCGGCUUUUCAGAAGGACAAUGUGGACAUGGAACUGCUGCACCAGCACCAGCAAACAGCCCUAGAGCAGCUGAAGGCCACCGCCGAGGCAGCAAAUGCGGCAGAUGAGGAGCCCAGCCCACCAGCAGAGGAGUUGGAAGAGGUUCAGGCGGCAGCUGUGCUUGCUGUCUUGAGCCCCGGCGGCGGCAAGCGGACAAUCAGCCGAGCUGGUGACCCAUUGCAGCCGUGCGAGCUGAACAUGGAUGCAGCCCUCGUGGAGGAGUUCCUACCACCCAUGGGCCCCGCAGCGGCAGCCUUGCCGACAAGCUUCCUCAUGGAGCAGACGCUCAACAUGGCAGCACCAUACCAACACGUGCUGGGUGGCGACGGCUUCGGCAUGCUGGCUAACUCGGCAUCCAUGAGCCAGUACCAGCCCCACCUGGUACACCGGAUGGGCCCUGGAGCAGCAGCGCAACAGCUGUUCAUGGGGCGGCAGCAACCUGCCCUUCACCCGCACCCGCAGCAUGCCAUGCUUCAGGGGCUGCUGCUGCCUAGAGCAUCUGAUGGCAGUUACAUUGGCAGCUUUGUCGGCAGCGCACCUGCAGCUAUAGGCGGGGCUGGCGGCAGCAGGGGCAGCAAAGGCGGCUCUGGCGAGGACAAUGGCGGCGGCAGCGGUGCAGACGGCAGCAAGGAGGGACAGAGGAAGGCUCGGAAUGGCUCGCGGCGGCGGCUGCCGCCACAGCGGCGAGACCUCCCCACACUGGCUCACUUUGAGCAACUGGGGGGGCUGCCUGCGAUCUACGAGUGGUGGACCAAAGACUUGCUUGACAAUGGGAUGAGUCGGCAGGAGACGGAGGAGCAGGAGCAGGCCUGCAACCCAGCUGCGAUGCCAGAGUGGCGCUCAGGGAUCGACAAGCGACGCUUCAAUGAGGUGAAUAAGCUCAUCACCUACAUCGAGGAGCAUGCGGCCACCCUGCAGCAACAAACCAAGCAAGCGGUAUCCCGAAUGGAGAUGGCUCGACAACUGGAGAAGGAGCGGCAAACUGCAGCUAUCAAGCAUGGCGGCAAGCAGAAGAAGCAGACCCUGAACUCCCUGUUGAAGCAGCUGCAGAAGCAAGGUGGCAAGGCCAAGAGGGCUGCAGCUGCAGCAGCAGCGGAGCAGCACAGCAGCGGCAGGGAGAGCGAGCAUGACGGCAACGAUGCAGGCGGCGACUAG